AUGACAAACAACAAUACCCCUCGACUCCUUCCUCAGAUCCAACCAGGCUCUUCAGCCAAUCUGCUAACCUCGACUCCCCCGUUCCGCUUCUCCCAUAUACGUGACCUUACUCACAGUAGGACACCACGAAAUCAACGUUCCGAACAUCGAUCACCACGUCAAGAUCGACCGUCCACCGAAUCUGAUCACUUGGUCGCAUCACGGACCAAGCCUUCACAGGAUUCUUCGCCUUCUGUCCCUUCUGUCUUGCAGUCUUUCUCGGCUUCCACCUCUUCAUCCGAAACCAAAGACAAGAAGAAGAACAAGAGAAAGGCGGAACAGGGUCAAGGGGAAGAGCAAGGCCAAAAGGAGAGGAGUAAGAGGCGGAGAGGGGAGUGUCACUACAAGAGGACGGUGGAAAAGCCUCGCGGGCCUCCCUCUUGGCUGAUUCGGAGUAACCCUGCCUCGGUUCAUCCCCCACUUCCUCCUCGAGCAAUUUCCAACAAUGACGUUACGAGAGUACAUCCCCGUGUUCCCAUUGUCUCCACUCCCACUCCCAUCAUCAUCCCCAUUACCUCUACUGUCUCACCCUACGUCUCACCUGCCAGUCCAUCUGUGCCACCUUCGAGCCACUCACAUGGGCCAACCUCUCAUCAUGAUCAAAUGGAUAUGGCGUCGUUGUGGUUGGAUCAGCCUGUCAAUCCCGUCACGCAAAGCUCCCAAACAUGGUCUUUCCCUUCGUCCUCGUCUUCCUCAUCCUCAACAUCGCUCGCUACGGAUCCUCCUGUCUGUAUAGGUGCAAGCCCGUAUGUAGGGAUUAGAAAAUCUAGUGAGCCUUUCAUGGGCUGGCCAUCCAAUGACAGGUACAUUCUAUCUUCUCAAAGAGGAAGCGGCUCUCUGAUGUCGGUACCAGUACCUCUCCCGGUCCAAUCGUCUUCCCAGUCUUCCAUCACAUCCUCGAACUCGUCCUCGUUCACUUCGACAUCCAGGGUAUCAGAUAAUCUUGCACAUGCUCUCUUCCCUCCGGAACUCAACAAUGUUGUGAACAUACCACCGUAUCAUCCUGCUAUUCCCUUCUACGAAGCCAGGUCUUCAUACACUUCCAACCCUCUCAUGACUUCUGGAGAGUCAUUAGGACCAAAUACAAUGUCGUCGCCUCAAAGGUAUCCCGGAGGAAAACACUUGAAAUACAGUUGA